UCGGCGAGUGCCUAUCUACCCUGCACAAAAGUAGUAUUACAUUUUUUAAACUGCGAAUUUUCUUUCUAAUCGUUUGUUUUAUAUACCGUUUAACAUUGUUUUUUUUUCUCAUACCGUUUUCACACCGAUUACUUAUUAUAAUAUGGCUUCGAUGGCCGAGCACAAGUAUUCGGACAAGUACACCGAGAUCGACGCAUUGCGUUGGCCCAGCCGACGAAGCGAUAGACGUCUUAAAGGAGCGCUUUACUUUUGGACCACCGUUCCGGAGACGGACGACUUCGAAAUCGUUAGGUUGAUGACCGACGAAGAAAAAUACGCGGACAAAUCGCUGAUAAAGAAACACGACGACCCUUUCGUGGAAGCCAAUGAAAAACUUUGGAAGGCAUCAAUCCGGGCCGACAUGUUCCGGGAACACGUUUCGGACGUGUACGGCAUGGCGACGCAAGACGUUGUGCCCAUAUCUUUCAACGACGAGUUGGGUAACACGUACUAUGUGGCCCUCAACGAGGACACUACCGACGCCGACACGCUGUUGAAACGUAUUCAAAGGUUCAAUGAGCUGACCCGUGAGGUGGGCCUGUCACAAGAAGCCGCACUGCGAGCCGUGUGUUCGACGGAAAUCUUUACCUUCCUAAUAAACCAAGUGUGGGAAGCGGUCGACCUGAAAAACAAACAAUACCUCAUCAAGAUGGUGGAAGUGAUCGGCAUGUGUAUGUCUUUCGUUGAGAUGUCCGGACUGCUUUUCGACAGGGUGUUCAUGACGAUGAGCGGCCACCUGGACACCUUGGAACAGGACUUAUUUGAAAAGCUGGACGACGAAUCGCAAACGUACUCGUACUCGAAUCAAUUCUUGCGGUACGACACUUGUUUCAACGUAGACUACGUACGCGAAAAUUGGCCCAAGUCGGAGACGGACCAGUUGAACCCGAUGACGUUGGCGCUGUACUUUAACGAUUCGUGCGUGUAUUCGCCAGAAAAUCCGGACGGCGCGUGGCGCCAGGCUAUUCCUUAUUUGGCCUUUCACCUGGUGGACUGCGAGAAACACAGCAUUGUCCGCAACCGGCUGCUCUUGGACGCGUUCACGUUGUUCACGUUGAAAGUGUGCGAACGCGAAAUGUUCGACCACAGCGUCGUGCCCAACGAAUUGGGCAACGUAUACGUCAUAUUUGACGGUAUCACGCCCGCCCACCGCACGUCGUAUAUAUUGUCCACGGCGGCAUGGAUGGCCGUCGAGUCCCGGAAACUCCCUGGAUUACGGAGCCUGACUCGCCUGACAAGCGCGGUCAUGGAUUUUAAAGUGCCUGGCUACUUCCGCGACAUUAGUGAGUAAAUCCUAUCCCCGGUUGUGUAAACGGGUAAUAUUAUCCUCUUUUGGUAUU